AUGCGGCACGGUGGCGCAGCGUUAGCGUUGCUGCGUUAUAGCGCCAGAGAUCCGGGUUCGAUCCUGACUGCGGGCGCCGCCUGUACACUGGGCGCACCAACUAUCUCAGGUGUGAACCCACUCAACCUUGAGAUCAGGGAGGAUACGGCCGUGCAUCACCUGCUCACCACCAUCACCACUGCGGUGUCACCAGGGGAUCACUUAGUCGGUGGCCCAAUCAUCAUUAACGCUGAUCCAGCGGAAUAUCCAUUUGAAAUCAUUCCAAAUGCAACAAAUAUGUGGGAUCUGGUGACAACAAACAAUCCAAAACUAGACUUUGAAAGUACAAGUCGAUUCACUCUUCAGCUGCUGGUGAGGGACCAGAAGGGUAGCUCAGCCUCUCAGACCAUCAUAGUGAAGGUUCUCGAUGUAAACGAGCCGCCCGUAUUUCUGGGAACGUUGGCCACUCAAGAAUACUUGCAGUCAGUGAUGAAACACCAUUUCAUCGACCACAAGUGA